AUGAAACUCCCAGCAAUAGCACUCCUAGCAACCACUGCGACAGCUAUAGAACCCCUCCAAAAUGCAAAUCACAUCUUCAACGCCAUCCACGUCUCCAUGCGCCAGUUCGGCUCCUCCCUCCACCACAACGGCAUGUCCUUCUUCCUCGCCACCGUUCCCCAUGGUACCCAGCUCUACCACGGAAGCCCGAGCCCAGACCUCCUUGCCGGGGUCGGAUGGAUGGCAUUCGAGCCUGAACAUGCGAUGGUCUUUGCGCGGCCGUCACGCCGUCGUAGUCCGGAUAUAAGCUCUGAUACAACGGCUCAAGGUCAAACCCCCCUCGGUACAUCUGUACAAACCGGCAACGAGGGAUCUGGCUUCCUACACACCUACCGCACAGCGAAGGAUCUCCGCCUUGUUUACAUUGAUGGUACAUCGGCCGGGAAGUCAAGAAUUGGGACUUUGGACUCGCAAGAUCGGAUCCUGUUUAACGAUACGAUCGCUGGUGGUGUGGGGAUGGAGGAGCAGCGUGCGCGGACGGUUUGUCGUAUCGCGAAGGAUACCUGGCAUGGUCGGGUUGACGGGGUGAUUCGUAUGGCUGCAGGGUUUGAGAUUAUUCUCUGCGAUCCUGAGGACAAUUUGUUUCCUGUGCGCGUUAUGUCUGUUAAGAGCCAUAAGGACACGGACACCAACGGGGCCGAACCCAGAAGGAAAUAUGGAAAGGGAAAACCAAAUGGAAAACCGGCAGAGCUGAUGAGAGCUGUGACGUCUCGCUUUGAUGGUAUUGGCGGCGAGAGGGUCCGGCUUAACUAUGACCACUUUGUCACGGCCUAUACCCAUAAUCUCGAUCUGUUUGCUUCUGGGAGCAAGCCUCGAUUACAGCAUCUCUCGACAAAGGACCUACAGCCGCUACGGGAUGACUUGGCCAACCUCGUCAUGGAGCAUGAAGUCAACGGCACAGUAAAUUGGCAAGCGACAGCAGAUCUGGUCGUUGACAAAUACGCCCCAAUACUUCGCGGGUUACUUCGGAAAAACAAGCAUCAUCAUCAGAAGAUAAAUGCCAGUUCGGAAAUUACCAGGCUCAUGGCACCAUUCGAUGGGCUUGAUAUCGAUGGAUCGGUCUCCUUUUGUACAUCCCAGUUCCUCUCCGGGCCGGAUGGCAAUUCGUCUCUUGCACAUCGGGCGAUAUACACAGUAAGCCACAGGAUAUGCUCUACGCUGUUGGAGCUGCGGGAGGCGGAUAACGAAGCCACAACGUGGAAGGAGUGUCGCGGGUGCAAGGAUACUGAGUUCUGCGCUGUUCCGAUCUGGCCGCAGGGCUCCCAGGAGGAUUACGAUAGACCGAAAUGCCAGAGGUUUACGAAGGCUUAUGAAGGGGUUGACUACUGGGGGCCUGUAUGGAAGUGA